UGCUUUUUUCGUAUUUAGCCAAAUCUGUUUUGGUGUUACUGUUAAGCUUAUUCGUUUAUUAUACAAUGUCAUUUUACGUUAAGUGUCAUAGUGUUGACAGUGUUUUGUUUCAGAAUUGUAUACAUGUAAAGUUGUAACUCUAAACAGUUGGUAAACGCACGGAUGCUAAGUCGCCUCGCUCAGGAUGAGUAGAUUUCACAUAUCUUCGUGAUAUACCUAUUAUCGUGGCUAAUGAUGUUGUAGGCCAUGAAGCAGCAUGAUUCGCCUCCUACCUCAGGAGUUGAGAUCUCGUCUGAGGUCGGGAGUGACCAUCACUCACCUGACCCAGUGUGUGGAGGAGCUGGUGAUGAAUUCACUUGAUGCUGGGGCCAACUGUAUAGCAGUUCGCAUCGAUCUUCCCUGCUUCAAGAUCCAGGUUGUCGACAAUGGGACUGGGAUAUCCUCCGAACAGCUAGAAAUGAUUGGAAACAGGUAUUUCACCAGUAAAUGCCAUGAGAUUCAAGACCUUGAGAAUCUCAGUUACUUUGGUUAUCGGGGAGAAGCUCUGGCCAGUCUGAAAGACACGGCAGUCAUCUUGGAUGUGACCACCAGAACGAGGCAGUCGAGCCAGACAUACUGCAAGAUGUUUCAGCGAGGGACAUCACUGACCGUUUUCGAUUCCACCAUCCAUCGACCCUCGGCAGGCACGACCGUCACCAUCCAUGACCUCUUCUACAACUUGCCAGUCAGAAGAAAGUCCAUGACGGAGAGUCUGGAGCUUGAGAGGAUUCGACACAGGAUGGAAGGCAUCGCACUGAUCCACCCAAACAUCAGCUUCUCACUCAGGAAUGAUGUCACUGGUCAUGUUCUCUUGCAGACGCACAAGAGCAGUUGUAUGCUGACAGCGUUUACUUAUCUGUUUGGUCCCAGGAAAUCGAAGUGCUUGUGUCCAGUGUCCACCAGUCAUGGUGGCUUUCAGGUUGAAGGGUAUAUGGGCAAAGAACCACAUUAUAACAAGGAACUGCAGUUUAUUUACAUAAAUGAGAGAAUGGUGUUGAAAACUAAAAUUCAUAAAUUAAUUAAUCAGAUUUUGAGUAAGUCGCUGGUUUACAAAAGAAAAUCGGUUACAUCAGAAGGUGAAAAUACUGUUAAUUCAAGUCCCACAAAGCAGAAUGAAAGGUAUUCUAUAUUUGUCUUGAAUAUCAAAUGUCCUCUUGAUGUCUAUGACAUUACUUUUGAUCCAGCAAAAACACUGGUUGAAUUUAAAGACUGGAUGGUUCUGACUGCAUCUAUAGAGUCAAUGGUGUGGAGUUUUCUUAAGAAAGAGAACCUUGUUUCUUUAGCUGAUGCCAGUUGCUUAGUCUCGUCUCCUGAUAAAACUGUUGUAGACACGGAAAAACAGUCCAUCGAAACUCAGGAGUCUAAAAUAAAUAAUGAUGUUCAGUUAGAGUUGGCCAGAAACAAAAAUGAUGAAAGUCAAACAAAGACUGGUGACAUUGACCCAACAGACAAUGCCUUGACUGAAAAUAAAAAGCAGUUUGUUGAAAAUAUUGGUGACAGGAUAUCGACACACAACAUGAUGCAAGGUCUUCAUUCACAGAUGGUUACCCGAAUUACUAAUUCUAAAGAUGUCCAGGGUAACACUGAAGUAACAGGAGAAGAUUCUUCUGACAGGUCUUCUGAAUUGGACAUUGUGAAUGUAGACAACAGUAACCAGAGUAAAGCUAGUGUCAUGUCACUAGUAUCAGCACAACAAAGUGAUGAAUCCACAGUUUCCGUAACCCCUCAUGAUGGUGUUCGAUCACCUGCAAGAAAUAUUGCCAUCUCUGAUACAGAAAGCAAAGACACAGACUCUCCUAUAGCAGUAGCAGAAGCUUCUACAGAUUCUUGUCUGAGAACUCCAGAUAGACCUACAGUACAUGGCUGCGUGAGUCCAAAGAUCGCAGUAGUGCCAUCCACAAACACCUGUUCAGUUUCAAAGACUGAAGGAAGGUUUCAGUCCAGUGGGAAUGAUCAAAGUCAUUCCUGUGAUUCUGAUAUGGAGAUAGAAGAUCCAUUAAUAAGCCCAUUAAAAAUGUUGUAUAAAGAAAAGUGUGUUCAAAGUCAACAUUUAAAUGGAUCAAAUGCUGAGAAUGAAAGAAACCUGAAGCCAGGAUUGGAGAGUACAGCCCAGAAAGGGGUUUUGUCAUAUCCUGGGUAUUCAAACAGAUUAGAACAGACUGCAGUGGCUAACAGUUUCAAAGAAAAGAUCCAGCUUUCGCUGGGUCAGUUGUAUUCCAGAAGAACUGCCACAAAUAUGAAUAAAAUCAGUCGCAUCACACUGACUCCGGAGAAGAGGAAAGCAUCAAGAAGUUUUAGACUACAGAUCAGUGAGAAUCUGGCUGCAGGUGGCUUCAUGGAUCCUGCCUUCAAUAAAGUUUGUGAUCCAGAUGAUUUACCCAGUGUUACAAGGCAUAUUAAAUACAGUAUACAAGGAAACCCAGAACUUGUGUCUGAGACAGAAUGUAGAGCACAUCGUGGUCAAAGUGAUAGUACUGAGGAUGGUUCUGCUGUGUGUACACAUGUUGCAAAGAAUUCUGAAUACACACAGAAAGAAGAUUGUGAUCAGAAUAGAAUUAGUUCUUUAAUACAAGCUGAAAAUCCACUUCAAUUCUCUAUUCCUUCAGGUUCUAUGGUCAGACAAGUGGACAGAAAUCAGGAUGCCCUGAAACCAUACAUUAGGUGCCAGAACACUGUGACAACACAAACCUCUCCUGAUUUGCAAAAUAGCUUUUUAGAAAGUAGUACAAGAAAAAAGGAAUCUGGGUUAGGUGUGAGGAAACGGUUGCAUCCUACUUUUGGAUCUUUGUCAACUGUAGCCUCUAAGUUAUCAAAGUUGGUACAAGCAAAUGCUCACAAUAAGACAAAGGGAAAUAUUUCUGAUGUAAUGGAAAGUUCUGGAAGCAGACAUAGAUUUAUGACUUCUGCUUCUUUUUGUGAAACUCCUAGAACAGUGUUUGCAAGACUUUCUGCUCAGACUGAAAAUGUUGUUUCAGGACCUGAACCGACUGUUGGUACACAAAAUGGGAGAGGUAUACAAAAUGUUCAUGAGAGGUUAAAUAUAAACAGUUACAAACAGACUGGUAGACCAGCAGAUCAUAGUGGUGUUUGUUGUACAGGAAAUAACAGAUUACCCCCAAAACAUUUUCUUCAAGAUUCUAAUAGUCUAACUGGAAAACAUCACCAAGAUACACAUAAUGUAAAGUUUAAUUCUGAUAAAUCUGAAGUCUCCAGAUAUGUCAUACAGUCACACGAAGAAAAUCUUGGUGACAAGAGUUGUGAUCUGAGCAUAUCUAAAAAUGUUUCUAAUCCAUGCAGUUUGGCCAGUUUUGAAGACAAUGGUCUAAUUAAAAAAACAGACCACAUACUAAAGCCAGUACCAAUUGAUAUUUCUAGUACCAACAGACAUCUGAUUAAAGAUAUACAUUAUGAUCAAGAUGGUGUACAAAACCUAGUGCAUUUAGACAGUGAUUGCACCAGGAGACAGAUAACUGAGAAUUUACCAUUUGUUCAAGAUAGCACACAAAAACAAGUCCAAUUAAAUGAUACUGGCACAAGCAGAGAGAUGAUCAAGAUUUUACCAAGUGUACUUAAUAACUCUGAAAAGUCAGCCAGUACCAAACCGAUGAGUGAAUUAUAUGACAGCACAAUUCUGCAAGAAGCUAGUCAAGGGUUUGAUGUACCAAGUAGACCUGUGAUGAAUGUAGGUAGAUCACAAAGAGCUGUAUUUCACUCACAAGGGUUUAGUUUAUCUGAGCCAGAAUUAGAAGCAGUUGAGCCUGAAUUAAAAGAAACAGACUUGAGAUGCAGGUAUUCUUAUGAAACGCAAGAAUUUUCUCCAAUGAAGGAUACUUGUGACAAAGAUGAACAUGUUCUUCAGAAAAGGACUUCUUUAUUUUCUGAUAUAUUUACUCCUGUGGAAUCAGGUGGUGAUAUAAUGCAUAAAGAUACAAUAUCAGCUUCAGUAAAUGACACAAAUGACUCACAGAGUGAUGUGUUGAUGACUUCUGAGUUUUGUUGUGGACAACAACAUGGUAAAAAUGAUUCAUUGGAGAAUACAGAUACAUCACCACUGUACAGUUUGUUGUCCAAGCAUUCACAAAGUCCACCAGAUCAUCUUGAUGAUGAACAGUUUGCAGCUAGAUACAAUGGUCCCAGUCCAAGCCUUUCUGUAGUACACAUAUUUACAGACAACUCCAGUGUAAACUUAGUAGAUAAGAAUGAUGACACCACUGCAAAACCUCACACUCAUAUGAUCUCUUCUUGUACAGACAACUCCAGUGUAUCAAUAAAUACCAGUAAUGAUUUAAUGGAAAUACCUCACACCCAAAUAGACUCUUCUGGGAUAUGUACAGACAGCUCUAAUGUAACAUUAGUAAAUAAGAAUGGUGACUCUACUGCAAAACCACAAACUCAAAUGGACUCCUUUUUGAUAUGCACAGACAAUUCCAGUGUACGAUUAGACAUGAGUGAUGAUUUCCCUGCCAAACCUCAAACCCAAAUGAACUCUUCUGUGAUAGGUACACACAACUACAGCAUAACAUUAGAUGUGAAUUGUGACACCACUGAUAAACCACACUCUCAAAUGGACUCCUCCAUGAAUUGUACAGACAGUUCUAAUGUAACAGUGGUAAAUGUGAGUGAUGAUUGCAAAGCAAAUCUUUGCACCCAAGUGAAUUCUUCUGUGAUAUGUAUGGACAACUCCAGUGUAAAAUUAGUGAAGAUGAGUGAUGAUGCCUCUUCAAAAUCACAACCCCAAAUUAACUCUUCUUUGGCUUGUAAAUAUAUAUCCAACAUGAACCCAGCAUUACAUUUAAAUACCACCAAUAAAGAAUCAGACAUACAAACAAACAGUGUUAUUCAAAAAGAGUGUAAUGAAAUUUCUGAUACAAUACCUUCAACCUCAUCCUCAGAGGAGAUCAGGUCAGAUAAUCUAGAACACAGAGGAAGUCUACAGACAAUGAUGAAUGAGGCAGAAACAGAUGGUGAUGGCAUGGUGGAAUUGGAGCAGGUGCUUGGUAACAAUCGGUGUGUUGAGGAUCGUCCAGAUAAUUCCUUGAUGAAGUCUGCUGACAAAGAUCUGUGUCUGAAACCCAGUAACUUGUUCAAUAAGGAUAUGUCAGAAAUGUGGAGUCCAGAUUCUCUUCUAGACAGUGCUGAGACAGUGGAGACAGGACCAGCUGAUGGUGACCAGGUGAAAGCAUCAACAUCAUCUUCUCUUUCACAUGCUGAACCUGAGUCACCACAAUCUGACCGAGAGCAGACGCAGGAUAUUUGGAAGAAGGUUGAAGACCCCAAAACAGCUGGUGCACUGUAUGUAAAUAUACUCACUGGCAACACUAUGUCUGAAGACGAGUGGCACAUAUUCAAUGCUCAAGAUUCAAAUGAACAAGGAGCAAGUGCCUCUGGAAGUUUGGCUAGCAUUGCUUCCCUAUCACCUAGUGAGAAGCUCAAACUUCAAGCAAUGCUGAGUUCUCAUCUUGAAGCAUCCACUGAAGACAGAGGUGUUAAGUGGAGAUCUUCCUCCAGUUGGGAGUCAGCAGAUUUUGCUGGUAUCUCUAGCUUGUUGUCAACUUGGAAUAACCCAGUGUUUGAAAAACCCAAACAGGUAGCCGUGAAUGCAGAAGUUCACCAUGAUACCUUCUCCGCUGGCAGAUGCUUCCAGAGUCUGUAUCCAACUCGAUUUACAAAGAAAAUGCUGCAAGAUGUAAAGGUGCUUGGUCAGAUUGAUAACAAGUUCAUUGCCUGUGUCCUCAAGACCGAUGACAAGAAUACAUCACAAGUUCCCAAUUUAAUCGUCCUGGUAGACCAGCAUGCUGCCCACGAACGUGUUCGACUAGAACAGUUGACAGAAGAUUUGUAUGUGGAUGAUGAUGUUGGUGAUUGUUCUAUUAAGCAGUCUCAACUAAUUCCUCCAAAAGCCUUGUGUGUCACCGAUGAAGAAAUUCGCCUGAUGAAAUCCUUUAGAGCAGAAAUCAACAGGAUUGGAAUCACCUUCACAUGCAGCAGUACAAACAGAAACCAAGUGAACAUUCACACUGUCCCAGCAUGCAUUGUGGAGAGAGAGGCCAAUGAACUGAAAAGAAAACGUGACUCAGUUGCUAUGGAGAUUGUAGAGGUUUUGCUGAAAGACCAUAUUCAGCUGCUGAAGAAUACCGGUGGGGCUAGAAGUCAGCUGCCCCAGACUCUUCAUAAAGUGUUAUGUUCACAAGCAUGUCAUGGUGCAGUCAAGUUUGGUGAUGCUCUUACAUUUGACCAGUGUGUUCAGCUGAUAGAGAAUCUGUCUACAUGUAGUCUGCCAUUCCAGUGUGCCCACGGCCGGCCAUCGGUCACUCCGCUCAUUGAUCUAGACCAUCUGAAAUCAAAACUGACACCAGAGAGAAUACGAAGACCAAGCUUGUGGAAAAUUUCACGAAAUUUGGACAUACACAAAUAAAUACAGUCGAAUCCAUUUAAUUGCAUAUCAGUUUAUAGAAUAAAUCAAUUAUUUGCAUAUUAUUGCAUAACUUGAGAUCUAUUUAAUUUUAGUUUGAAACAAAAUGUAUGAAGUUGUACAACUCUUAUUUUACUUACAUUUGUUGUAGAAAUGUACAGCCACUAAUAUUGUAUGCAGAAAAUAAAUUUAAUAUGUAAUUGUACUCAUUAAAAGUCUGUUAGUUGGUAACACCUUAACAAUUACAACCAACUCAGGACAAUCCCUUUAGGUUUCAUUUAUGUUUGUAAGUGUAAAUACAUUUGUGGAAGUAUGUUUGUAUAAAUGUCAAUAUCUUAGUACAACAGUUAUAGAAAUGACUGUGUGUUUGUUUCAACAUUAUGUUGCACAAGUUAACAAUGUUACACUUUUUAAAUGUUACCUUAUUAACUUUGUCAGAUUUUGUCUGUGAUACUGCAACAUUGUGAUAUAUUUAUUUAAAGAAUAACAGGGUAAUGGUGUAAGGCAAUCAUUAUUCUAUGAAGAUUACGACUGUGGAAUUCCCCAUUGAUUUUGAACAGAAUUCAGCAAAUGUAAUUUAAAGUUGAAUUUAGCAAAUACAUGUAUGCCUCAAAACAGGGCUUCUAGAAUUUUUAUAAAAUCCACUAGCCAUGGGAUCAGUGAUUUUAAACAUUUACUAGCCAUGAUUAAACAUUCACUAGCCCUACUUUACUUUAAGUUAAUACAGUGUUACUAAAUGUCACCUAAAGAGGGAGUUAGAGCUUAAAAACACUAACUUUGGUGGCUGGUGGUUGAAGGCAGGAUAUUUAUAUACUUACAAAAUAGACAAUUGCAACAUUUGACAAAAAAAAUUCACUAGCCAUCGGGCAUGGCAAUAGUAGUUAUUUACUAGCCCAACAUUGAAUAUCACUAGCCAUGGAAGUGGGGCUACCAUAAUCUAAGAGCCCUGCUCAAAAAGUUAAUUGCAAACUUGUGUUUUGUUUGUAGAUGUACACCCAUUUUGGCUGUUUGGCUAGAUUUUCUGGGAAAAUUUGCCAAAUUCCUAAUACAUUUUAGAGUCCACUUUAAACCCUGCAUCGUACAGGGGUAUAGUGUUAUUGUCUAUUGUGUUUGUGUGAUUGUAACAUGAGGCAUGUUCUGGAGGCCUUGUUGCCUUGCUAAACUGAAUUUUGUAUUGGAUGUUAAAUGAAUACGAAAGAAUACAACCUCACAAAAGCCCCCCACCCCCCCUCCCCCCCCAAAAAAAAUCGCCAAUUUAUAUUUUGUAAAAUUAACAAUUUAUGAUCAACAUUAUACAUGUUUUAAUUGCAACAACUGCAGUGAGAUGGCCCAAGAUGUUCGUUCUAAUAUAAUUUAUAGUACUGAAAUUGUAGUGUGUUUUGGCACAGGUAUGUGUGUAUGGUACAUUAGCAAUAAUGUUAAAUUAAGUCUGUGUACAGAUAGAAAGAUAAUUUAUGAAGUUACUUAAUUUUUGUGGUUAGUAUAAUAGUAUAUAAUAUGAUGGAACCAAACAUUUAUGAGCAAGAUCAAGUUGGAAUGGUGGCCUGCUUAUAUUCCAAAUGUCUGUAGCAGACAACUGAAUGCUUUGGACACUGUUGGUCAGUAUUAAAUAUGUAAUGUUGAUGAAAUACUUGCUUCAUACUGUUUACUCAGGAAUUCAAUACACUUGUGUUUAAACCAUUA